UUUAACCGACUUGGAAUUUUGAGGUGAAACGUGCAUAUGUAGGACAAUCUCCUAAGACGGAACGCACGUGUUUUCCUGUGAAAGUCAAUGCUCAAUGGCAGGUAUUUCAAGUCAAGACAGUGAAGAAAGUCAUGAUACAACUUUGCAGAAUGGUUCACCUAAAUCUAAGUGUGUGACAGUAACAGUAAAUACUGAAGGUGAGUUUAUGAAGGAGAAGGAUGGUUCAGUGGUGCCCCUGGUAAACGGGAGCCAGGAGGAGGGUCACACGGAGGAGAAGCCUGGGGGUGGGGCCGGGGUGGAGGGGGAGAAGAAUGAUAAAGAGAUCGUGCUGAUCCAGGACACGGGAUUUAACGUGGAGAUUCAGAUCCCAGGCGGCAAUCCCAUAGAACUACCAGUGAGCUCUAUGGAGCUGGUCCAGGAGAUACACCAGGUGUUGAUGGACAGAGAAGACACCUGUAUUAGGACCUGCUUCUCACUACAGCUGGACGGAGUCACACUAGACAACUUUGCAGAACUCAAAAGCAUAGAAGGACUAAAAGAGGGCUCAGUCAUCAAAGUUGUUGAAGAGCCUUACACAGUAAGAGAAGCCCGUAUACACGUUCGUCACAUCCGAGAUUUACUGAAGUCUGUGGACCCCGCUGAUACAUAUAACGGAGUGGACUGUAACUCUCUGUCCUUCCUCAACACUGUCACUGUAGGAGAUAUUUUAGACAAGAAAAGGUCUAAACCAGACUCUGUGGACUGCACACCUCCUGACUACAUAAUGCCUAACAGCAAGGAGCGGCCCCUACUCCCUCUACACCCAGGACUCAAGGAACUGAAGGGUCCACAGUGCUUGAAAGUGUUAACAUAUAGUGGAUGGAACCCUCCCCCCGGAAACAGAAGAAUGCAUGGUGAUUUGCUGUAUCUGUAUGUUCUAACCCUGGAAGACAAGAAAUAUCACAUUACAGCCUCCACCAGAGGGUUCUAUGUCAACCAGUCAACUGAAGACGAAUUCAAUCCUAGAGCUGCUCAGCAGAAAUUUCUCUCUCACUCUCUCAUAGAUCUUCUAAAUCAGAUAAGUCCAAGUUUUAAGAGGAACUUUAGUAUCCUUCUGAAGAAGCGGGGACAGAAGCACCCGUUUGAGCGGGUCCCCACCCCCUACCAGAUCUACAGCUGGAUGGCCCCCCAGCCCGAGCAUACGGUGGACUACAUCAGGGCCGAGGACGCCUUCUCCACACGUCUGGGUUACGAGGAACACAUUCCUGGGCAGACUCGGGACUGGAAUGAAGAGAUUCAGACAACUCGUGAAUUAUCAAAGAAAACCCUCCCAGAGAGACUGAUCAGAGAACGUGCAGUGUUUAAGGUGCACAGUGACUUUGUUGGUGCUGCCACACGUGGAGCUAUAGCUGUGAUUGACGGAAACGUCAUGGCGAUAAACCCAGGGGAGGAUACCAAGAUGCAGAUGUUCAUCUGGAACAACAUUUUCUUCAGCCUUGGAUUUGAUGUGAGAGAGCAUUAUAAGGACUUUGGUGGAGAUUACGCUGCUUAUAUUGCCCCGGGUAAUGAUCUACAGGGCGUGAAGGCGUACUUUAACCUGGAUACUGAGGGGCUCUACACACUGGGGACAGCUGUGAUUGACUACCGGGGGUACAGGGUCACCGCCCAGUCCAUUAUACCAGGUAUUCUGGAGAGAGAACAAGAACAGUCUGUUGUGUACGGCUCUAUUGACUUUGGGAAGACUGUUGUGACCUGUGAUAAAUACGUAGAACUGCUGCAAAAAACUGCUCCACAGCUGAAAAUCUGUCCACACAAGGUUAUUAGUGAGAAAGGGGAUGAAGUGGAACUCUAUACAUCUCUUGAAUGCAAGGGAAUCAUUGGGAAUGACAAGCGUCAUUAUAUCCUAGAUCUACUGAGAACUUUCCCUCCAGAUAUUAAUUACCUCCAGCUUGAAGAAGAGCCCCUGAGUAAAAUCAUGCAGGAACACGGGUAUCCAAAGAAACAUCCUCACAGACUGGCGUGUCUACGACAGGAACUGAUCGAGGCUUUUGUAGAGACUAGAUAUGUAGCAUUUGUGAGACAUGCAGCUUACCAAUUCCAGCAACUUCAGCAACAAAGCCAGAAAAAGUCAGCCGAGAACAAGGAGCAGAAGCUGGUUCCACAGGAGAUAGAGCUGGACGGCCUGGAGGAGAAGAGUGAGGAGAAAGGAGAGGAGGACAAAGAGAAGAAGGAGAAGGCGGACACGGAGAACAUCGACGAGGCCAAGAAAAUCGUGGAGGCCCUCACCGGGUCCGACGGGGAAUCAUUUGAAGAGAAUAGUAAAGACAUUGUGAAGAAGGCAGCAACAGCUGUAGGAUCUCUUAGUGAAACAGAGUUCAGUAUCCUCUUCAAUCCAGAUGUAUUCCAACCACAUGUCAAACAUGCUGAUGAAAAGAGUGACCAGUUCCAGAAACAGAAGAAACUUGUCAAAGAUGCUGCUGAAUUUCUUGUUCUUCAUCAAAUCCCAUCAUUUAUCAGUGAUUGUAUGGAGCACACUUCAUCCCCAAUUGAUGGCUUUACUCUCUCUGAGGCCCUACACAACAAGGGCAUCAACAUCCGGUACCUUGGAAAAGUGGGGGAAAUGAUCUCCAAGUACUCCUCUGUGUCAUAUGUUUAUACCAUUGUCAUAUCAGAACUGAUUUGCCGUGCAGCUAAGCACCUGUUCAAGUCGUACAUGCAGGGUGUGGACAUGAUGAACACGUCAGCUGCUAUCUGUCACUUCCUUAACUGUUACAUUGGAUCUUAUCCCACGCCACACGCUCAGGUCACUGCGGACGAGUUGCAGAGUAAGAAGGCUAAGAGGAAGAAUAACAAGAAAAACAAAUCUGUUUUCUUGAGCAUUGACAAUACAGAGUGGGUCAAUGAGACGCCCUCCAAACUGUGGAAGAAAAUCACAGAAGAAGUGUCCGAGUAUUUUGACUACAAACUGGACUGUGAUUCCGUCGAGCAUGCUGUGGAGAAGUACGGACUCCAGCGAGUCUCUAUGCUGAGGUCGUUCUGUCUGAGUGUAGGAAUCCAGAUCUUACUCAAGGAAUACAACCUGGACAUCAAGAACAAACAGAUCUUUAAUGAAGAAGAUAUUGUGAACGUUUUCCCUGUUGCCAAACAUAUUCACCCCAAGGCCUCCGAUGCUUAUCAUUUCUUCACGAGUGGACAGAAUAAGAUCCAGCAGGGUUUACUGCGGGAGGGCUACGACUUGAUCAGUGAGGCACUCAAUCUUCUGAACAACGUGUACGGAGCUCUUCACCCAGAGAUCGCCGCGUGUCUUCGACUUCUCGCUCGCCUCAAUUACAUCAUGGGAGAAUACGGAGAGGCCAUGUCUUUCCAACAACGGGCAGUUUUAAUGAGUGAACGAGUCUUGGGCAUUGAUAACCCAAAUACAAUCACUGAAUAUGCCCAUCUUGCCCUGUACUGCUUUGCCAACAGUCAGGUGUCCAGUGCUCUAAGGUUGAUAUACAGAACACGAUAUCUGGCUUUACUUUGUCACGGAGAGGAUCAUCCAGAGGUGGCACUGAUUGAUAGCAAUGUUGGACUGAUUCUCCACGCUGUCGAGGAGUUUGAUUUGUCCCUGAGGUUCCUGGAGCAUGCUCUGGAAGUCAAUACAAAAUAUUUUGGUCAAAGAAGCAUGAAGGUUGCGAUGAACUACCACUUGGUUGCUAGGACUCAUUCCUGCCGUGGAGAUUUCAGGGCGGCUCUACAGAGUGAAAAAGAGGCUUAUGCCAUCUACAAACAAACGCUGGGAGAGGAACAUGAGAGAACAAAGGAGAGCUCGGAAUGCCUUAAACACCUGACACAACAAGCCGUCGUGUUUCAGAAGAAAAUGAACGAGAUCUACAAGGGAGAGAAGAGUAUAACCUUACCACCCCUCCACAUUCAGACUCCCUCUAUAGCGAGCGUGCUCGACACUCUAAAUGUCAUCAACGGCAUCGUCUUUGUACAAAUCAGCCAAGAAGACAUUGAGAAGUUCCGUCAGCAGGUCAGCAUGAAGGGGGCAGCAAUAACAGAGGAAACGGAAAAACCCAAAGACUCUCUGACAAUUACUGAACUCUCGGACGAUACUAGUCUCCCUAGUAACCACACUCAGGUGAACGGCGACAUUUCUCACACCGUACCACGAGAAGUGACGGUGGGAGGGGAGUGAGGGCUUCUGCUUUUUAUAGACCGCCAUUAAUUUCACUGAAUGUGUGUUUGCCAGUGUUUGAGUACACGAGAAUUAGCCACGCUAAAAACAGAGCAGUGAGGGGUAGGAGGAGAACCUCUUGUUUGCUUGUGGCUUGGAGAGGAACUCAGCAGUUCCUGUAAUGACUCAGAAGUCUCCACUUCAUUUAUCAGGCUCCUGGCUUCGCGGACAAACACUUCCCAAAUUUCAUUGUAAAACUAUCGAUCCAGCAUUUUCUGCCUGGAUAAACCUCAGCAAAUGCGAAGCACUCGCUGGUGUGACUGAUAUCAAUAUUUAUAGAAUCAAUUAAUCAACAGUGUGAAUUGUGAUAUGUUUUUGUGUGCCAAGAUGUUGAACAUUUCAUGAUGUAAUUAAAACAUGAAGUCAUUGACAACUCUUGAUAUAUAAAGUGUGAUACAUUAAUAUAAGUAUAUAUUCCAUAUCAUACAGAAAUCAAGUAUCUAGCCCCUAUAUCUUAUCUGUAUUAUCAAUUGAGGGAUAUUAUUCUGCAUUUAAAUGUUAGAAUGGACUGUCAUUGUUUGUGCAUUAGGGGGUUGUUAACUUCUAUUGUUUUGACCUAGGAAGGGUAGAAUACCGACCUGUAUGUUUUGACUGUGGUAGGGUACACAUUCCUAUGUGUGAUUUGAAGUGUGAGUGUGUAUCAUUGUCAGAUCAUCUUAGUUGUGUGUUUAUCAAAUGUCAUGUUUCAUAUUACAAUACAAAUUUUUAAUAAAAAGGAAAAAAAACUA